CUACGGUUUUACAUUUGCGCGCAUCAUCACUGGCACAUACACAGGAUCACACACUUUUAAAACACACACCGGACUAUAUUCUAGCCUACUUUCCUUUAGAAUAAUUAAAGGAAAAACAAAAAGAAAGAAUAACUUUUUUUUCUUCUGUCGCUUCAUCCUCAACGAGUUCUGCAAAUAUACGUGUUACUUUUCAUCAGCUUUGGUAAUUUUUGUAAUUAUUCUGGAUCUAUACAGGAGACUUUAUGUUGGGUUAAUAACACAUGUAAAGACGGAACCGCUACAGCAAACAAACCCGGGUUCGGAAGAGCGCGCCCAGUCGAGCUCAGAGUCCCGGCUACCGGACAGUCCCUUCGAGUCCUCCCCGCUCCCGGUCCUCCACCACAGUCGCAUCAAUCCCCAGCCCCCCACACAGAACACCAUUCAGCGCGAGGCUUUCACACCAGACAUGCCUUGUGUGCAGGCACAGUAUGGGCCCGCCCCUCCAGGCUCGUCCUACUCCGCCCAGUCCUUUGGUUACCAGGGCGACAGCUACAGCUCUGACCUCAUGACCCCAGACUAUACCAAGUUGGACUUGGGGGGGGGUGAGAUCUCGGCGGCCGCCACCACCUCUCUGCCCAGCUUCAACGUGUUUGUCGAGGGGAGCUACGAGCCCAAGUCCUCCUGCCUAUACCAGAUGCCCUCCCAUAGGCCGCUUAUAAAGAAGGAGGAGGAGUCCUACCCACAAUCUGACACCAUGCCCACCUCCUCCAUGUACUUUAAACAGUCUCCUCCGUCCACCCCCACCACCCCCUCUCUCGCCCCCCAGCCUGGCUCCUCCUUCCUCUGGGAUGACUCCCCCCACCUCUCCCUGCAGCCCCCCUCCCACGGCCCCCUCAAGUCCGUUCGCUUCCCCCACUUCUACCAGCAAUCCCCUCCCCACAGUGGGGGGUACGAGGGGUUGGGAGGGGGGCUGCCUCGCUCUUCCUCCUCAUCCUCUUCCUCGUCCUCCUCGGUGCCCCCUCACCCCCACGGCCCGCCCCUGGAACAGCACCUGUACCAGCUGCACCGCGGGGUUGGGGGUCCGGGGGGACUGGCCUUCCGUUCUCUGGCGCUGGGGUCCUGUAACCCUCUGCUGGGGGACCGCCUGCCCUCGCCCCCUCAUCGCGGCCCCCCAGGAGAGGGCACCUGUGCCGUGUGUGGCGACAAUGCUGCCUGCCAGCACUACGGCGUACGCACCUGCGAGGGCUGCAAAGGCUUCUUCAAGCGUACGGUGCAGAAGAAUGCCAAGUAUGUGUGCCUGGCCAGUAAGAACUGUCCGGUGGACAAACGGAGACGCAACCGCUGCCAGUACUGUCGCUUCCAGAAGUGCCUCAGUGUCGGCAUGGUGAAGGAGGUGGUCCGUACAGACAACCUGAAGGGCCGUCGAGGUCGUCUGCCCUCCAAACCAAAGAGCCCGCUGCAGGCGGAGUCCUCGCCUCCCUCGCCUCCCCUCAGCCUGCUCUCUGCUCUGCUCAGGGCCUACUCACACUGCACUCCCAGGGAACUAGACUACAGCCAGUUCAGUGCGGCGGAAGCCCCCUCCUCCUCCUCUGACACCCAGUACAUACAGCUCUUCUAUAGGCUGCUCACCAUCUCCAUGGAGACCACACGUUGCUGGGCCGACCGGCUGCCCGGCUUCAAUGAGCUUCACGGCGAUGACCAAAACCUUCUCAUAGACUCCGCCUUCCUGGAGCUCUUCGUCCUGCGAUUGGCCCACAGGUCUUUGUUGUCGGAGGAUAAGCUGGUGUUCUGUAAUGGCCUGGUGCUGAGCAGGUUCCAGUGUCUGAGAGGUUUUGGAGAGUGGCUGGACUCCAUCAGAGACUUCUCCUCUCAUCUACAGAGUCUCAACCUGGACACAUCUGCCUUCUCCUGCCUGGCUGCCCUGGUGCUGCUCACAGAGCAGGUCCCAGGACUGAAGGACAGUAAGCGCGUUGAGGAGCUGCAGAACAAGGUGGUGUGUUGCCUUAGAGACCACCUGGGCUUUGGCCCCUCCUCCUCCUCCUCCUCCUCCUCCAAGGCCACGCCCCCUCUAAGUCGUGUGCUGGGUGUUAGGGCGGAGCUCCGCUCCCAGAGGACCCAGGGUCUGCAGAGGAUCUUCUACCUGAAGCUGGAGGACCUAGUCCCACCCCCACCUCUGAUUGACAGGUUCCUAGACACUCUGCCCUACUGAUGCUGCCUGGGCUGAUUAUGCCCACACAUACGUGUCACAUCCUGUUUAAGACACCCCCCCCACCCCACCCCCCCAGAGCACCACGCAGCCACACUCAGAGCUACGCUGAGAGACAGCCAAUCAAAUUGCUUUUCACUCAUUAAGGACAACCAAUCAAAAAAUGCUUUUCACGCCAUAAAGACAAUUAUUCAUAUGCUUACCACUUUCUAUCUGGACCGUUUCUCUCGUGUGAUGGGAGGAUUUGAAAGGAUGACAAAAAAAAUGAAAGGGACAUUUCUCUGUCCUGUUUUAGUCUGGUUAUGCCUGAAGGAGGAAAAUAAGACCCAGGUCUUUGUUCUGGACUGGUUUGGCCUGCUUCAGUCUGGUUCGGUUCAGUCUAAGUUCAUAGCAGUCUGUCCUAGGGGCAGGGGAAGGCAGUCUGUGUGAGUAGCUGUGUGACGCUCUGAUGAUGUCCCAGGGAAACAGAAGCUGUGUUUGUUUCGUGUUCCCCCUGCGAAAUUGGAGGAAGGAGACAUUUAAAUAAAAAAAGGUAUCGUCAGUCAAGACGACGUACAGCGUGAGUGACCCAGCAAUCUGUCUGUGUGUGUGUGAGCUUAGUCACACAACAGAAGGCAUUAAAACAGAAGAUCUAUAUAAAACACCCAACACACACAGUGAAGUGACUGACUGCUGUUUGGCUCUGUUGUCCAAGUGCAAUUUCUUUAGUGCUAUCUUUUUUUUUAAAAAGCAACAGCUAGAGAUGGAAAGGUUUAAUUUCAAACUCUAAAUGAUUUUAAUACUAAGACUGGCCAUGUACUGCCAGUCUGUCAGUAGCUCCGGGAGAAAGAGAGAUUGGUGAGGAGGUACUGAGAACUAACCAUUGAUGACUCAGUCUCUCAGACUUGAACUGGCUGUAGUAGAUUUAAGAAUGAACUCUUAGGAUUAUUGGAGGAAAGAACGCAAGCAGCACUUACACCCUCAGAGGGUGACAAGCACAGACACACACCCACCCUGCUCCCCGAGAGAGGGAGCAAAGAGGCAGAGAGGAGGAGAACAGCAGAGGAGGAAAGGGGGGCUGGGAUUAGAAGGGUGCUCCAUGGAUGACUGUAAGGGGCCUGGGAGAGGUUGAAACAUUCCGCAGUCAUGCUCUUUUUAUAUGUUUGUAAUAUGGAGGCUGUGAGAGACUGGAGGACAGUGUUACUGUCUAUGUGUUUCUGUGUUGGAGUACAGGAGCAUAUGCAUGGUGUGUUAUAAGCUGUUAUAAGCUCUUAUGAAGCUGUUAUGACAGCCUGGCCUGGUUUGUGUGUCAGACUGCGCCUGUGUGUGUGUGUGUGUGUGUGUGUGUGUGUGUGUGUGUGUGUGUGUGUGUGUGUGUGUGUGUGUGUGUGUGUGUGUGUGGUCCCCCCCCCUCCACCCGGCCAUCCACCAUUACACAUCACAGACUCACUCACAGGCAUCCGUUUUGAAAGAAGGAAAAAAUACAAUUCUAUAGAUAUAUAAAUAUAUAUAUAUACAAAACUAAUAUUUUCAAGUGUUUUUAGCUUUUUCAAAUAUUGUGGUACAAGUUGUGCAUUGUUUUUUUGAAGAAGAGAAAUUAAAAGAAGUAAAAAAAGUUGUUUUCUAUUUCCCUCUGACUGGAGUUUUUGUUCAUCACUUUGACAUCAUGAAGUAGACCUGGUUAUUCUGACUGACUGGUUAUUCUGACUGACUGGUUAUUCUGACUGACUGAGUCUGCUGAUCCUAUCAUCAUUAUCAUUGUCAUCAUCAUCAUCACUCACAGUACCAUGAAUUAAUGUUAUAUCAGGACAAUGAGGGAAACCAGAGGAUUCACUGCAAGGAAUUGAUCCUGCACACAUUUCUAAAUAAAUGAAAUAAAAAUCA